ACGGGACCCUCGCGAGAUCUGGGGUGGAAUCUCGUUGCGUUGCCUAGCGACGGGGAGGACGCUCGCAGGCCCCCAGCCUAACCCCCGCUGUAACCUUAAAUCUCCUACCAUGGGGGAAGAAGGCGGCGGCCGCAGCUGCGGGACCACUAGGGAGCUGCAGAAGCUGAAGCAGCAGGCUCUGGAGUACUACCGGGAGAACGACGUUCCGCGCAGGCUGGAAGAGCUGCUCAACUCCACCUUCUACCUCCAGCCUGCCGACGUCUACGGGCACCUGGCCAACUGCUUUUCUAAACUUGCAAAGCCUCCCACCAUAUGCAGAGUGGUGGGGAAGAGAGUGCUAGAUGGACUGGGGCUUCCCACGCUACAAGUGGAAAUAUUCUGCACCAUUCAAAAUUUUCCCAAGAACAUAUGUUCCGUGGUGAUCGCGACCCACUUCGAAGUCCAUGAGAACGCUUUCCCCGAGCUAGCUGAAGCAGAGGAAGUAGAACGGUCCGAUGCUGUUCUCACUGCUGUACAAUGGGUCAACGAAACCAUCACCCAGGAGCUUCAGGGCAUAGCUCCCUCCAACCAGGCUCAGGUGGAUCAGGUGCUCAGGGCAUUCUUUGAAAAUAAAGUGCGAGAAGAUAAGGAGAGAAGAGAACUGGAGAAGAGCCUGGAAGAGUCCACAGUGCCUGCACCUUCACCCCUAAUACCACAUCCUCAUCCUCCUCCAGCCAAAAAAAAAGGACAAAAGCAAGGUAUGAAGGAUGCGCUUACAGAGAAACCUAUUAUAUCGCCAGAACCUGUGGAACCUGUACUCUGUGGCAGCAUGGCCAUCGGGGCUGUGUCACUGGCUGUAGCCAAAACCAGUGCUGUGCUGGGCAGUAAUCCCCUAUACAUCAAUAUCACAUUACUGAAGCACCCUCAGGAACAGCCAACAAAGCUAUCUAUACCUUUGCUGAUGGUGUCUCUGGUUAGCUGUGGGAAGUCAUCGCCUGGGAAGCUGAAUUUAAUGAAAGAAGUGAUGUGUAUACCCCAUCCUGGAUUAACAGCUAAACAAGGUAUGGAGAUGCUUAUGGAAAUUCAGAAACAAAUUAACAAAACAAUUGAAAUGCCCCCUCCUCCAAAGGCAGAGCCGAAGAAAGGGUAUAAUGGUGGCAAAAGAGGCCAACAGAUGAUCACUGGCAAGAUGUCCCAUCUUGGCUGUUUAACCAUUACUUAUGACACCAUAGAGCAGCCAUUGCUCCUAAUACAAGGAAUCUGUGCAAAUCUGGGGCUCGAAUUGGGAACAAAUCUGCAUCUGGCCAUCAACUGUGCUGCGCAUGAGCUGAUGGACUAUAGUAAAGGAAAGUAUGAAGUGAUGACGGGAAUGUACAAAACUGCAGCUGAGAUGGUUGACCUGUAUGUGGAUCUGAUCAGCAGGUUCCCUUCCAUUAUUGCCAUCAUUGAUCCUUUCAGGAAAGAGGACUCUGAACAGUGGGACAGCAUCUAUAACGCUGUUGGUUCCAGGUGUUACAUAAUUGCAGGAAGUGCGUCCAAAAGUAUUUCUAAACUUCUAGAGGAUGGAAACAUCAGCAUCCCCAAAUCCAGUGGGCUGAUCAUAAAACAUACAAAUCAAACUACGAUAUCUGACUUGGUGGAAAUAAGCAAUCUCAUUGACAGUAAGAAGCGCAUCGCCAUCUUUGGAAGCACAGAAGGCGAGUCUUCCGAUGACAGCCUUGUAGACUUGGCUGUUGGACUCAGUGUCCGGUUUAUCAAGUUGGGAGGUCUUUCCCGAGGCGAACGCGUGACUAAGUACAACCGCCUAUUUACUAUAGAGGAAGAACUCGUCCAGAAUGGAACACUGGGCUUCAACGAAGAGUACGUAUUUCUUUACCUGAAUGGGGAAGACAACAAGGCAGUCGAGGCUCGCGAGGCCACAGCUGAGGUGUCUGGUGAGCGGCGUGGGCCCGUGCGGUGCAUCUUCCCCACAGAGGUUGUAGAGGAAUCCGCCAGAACAUGAGCCCCUCUGGACAGGGCUGCACGCACCCAUUGACAGCGGCACCGUCAGUGUUGUCAGAGUGCUGUGUCCCAAGUAUGUCCUCAUCUUGGUUUUGCUCUCAGACUUCACGAACGUGUGCGCCUUUUCGUCUUUUCAUGUUACUGUUUGGUAAAUUACAUGUAUGUAGUAUUCCUGCCUGAAGUUAUCGCUGUGAACGCUGUCUGACAGCUGUCACAUAUCCAUGGAGAUGCUGUGUGUCAACAAGCUCCCCUGUCCACUCUGGGGAGGAGGCACAACCUAGUCAAAGAGUCCAGCACUUCCGUUGCCAACUCAGUUCAAACACCUCAUACUUUACAAAUCAAAACAUCUCUGAAAACAAAACUCUUUUACACUAGAAGCGCUCUGUGCCAGGAACAGGUGCACAUCUUCCGUGUUUCUCUUACACACCUGUGCUAGAAAGCACGGACACGUUUUUUCUUUUUUUGGCCAAUUUCACGCAGAAGUAGACGAGUUUCACAGUUUUCCUAACAGCCAAACAGCUCUCUUAUUUUCCUAACCUUAAAUGUCUCUUCCCUUAUUCCCUCUUCUGUCUAAAUUUAAGUUUUUUCUUACAUGAUUUAUGUCCUUGUGGGUUUCCUUCAACCCUUUUUGGAACAAGAAUGAGUAUACAUGAACAUGUCAGCAAGUGAAUAAAUAUUCUUAAGGUAAUGAAGUGCCCAAUUAUUUAUACGAGAGCACUGAACAGAUGAUUAAAAACAAUGCAACAUACAGGCUGACUGAAUAGCCUCUUUUGUAAGGCAGUACGGGUGUUACAGCAGAGGGGACAGAAAGAAACUUACUGGAACAUAUACCUAUAGAUAUAAUAAUGCCCAACUGCUUUGUCUGAUUCAGAUUCUCUGUUACAAGUUAUUUGCUUUUCCCAAAAAUUACAUAAAUUGCUAUCUACUGAGAGUUAGCUAAGUUUAGAUUUCUGGUAUAUUCUCUUAAGUUUUUGCCAAACAACCCGAGGACCUUCCUUUUGAAGAGUGCUGACUAGGGGAGCUUUAUGGUGGAACCAAGGCCUUACUCUUGAAGCAAUGACUUACAUGGGCUCAGAGGCAGAACUGGUUGGUGUCUCUCUCAAUUGGGAGAACAGUGUCCACUUUCUGGUUGCUACUGCCUCUCCUGACGCUUAGAACAAACAAUGGGGCAUGAGAAGCUGGCAGGGAAUUGCAUUGUCAAGGAGGAGGAACAUGACUGGGUGUUCAGGCAGUCUCUGCAGAGGUACAAGAAGGGUGGGCGGUUGUGUGUGAGCAAGCCCUAGAACUGUGCUACAAAUUACAUGCGCGGAGCCGGGGCAGACAUGCGCAACUAAGUUCACGGCUAAAAAAUUAAAUUAACCAAAGAGGUGAUUUAUUACCUCCGCCAGACCAGGACUUUAAUUUCAACAGAGCCCAGCCUAAUUCACCUUUACGUCUCACUUAAGGACUGCAAUCACCAAUAGGUAGGCAGUACUUUAAUUCUGAUUUCUUAAAGCGAUAAGCACUGUUUCUAUUUUCUCUCUGUGUCUACAUUUGUUUAUAACAUAUAACAACAGAUAUAAAACGUUGUGUAUUAAUAUGUAAGAUAUUAUCUGUAAAAGAGAUGAAAGAAACCAGUCAUCUCCCAUGUUCAGAAAUGCCAGUGGGAUUGGGAAAUGUUAGCGCUUGGAAGAAACUUCAAUCCUUAAGUCAGGACUACUUGAUGAUCCUUCAGAGGGUGGCGAUGAUGACAGAUGGCUAGCCAUGCUCCACUACUUAUUGUCUUACCACCUAAACUGUUCCAUGACGAAAGUGGCUAAACGCAUAUAGUGUGCAUUUAAAAAAACCAGCCGAGUGGCGCAUUGGUUGAGAGCUGGCUUGGGACGCCAGAGGGCCCCG